AUGCCCUGUGGAGCGACGACGUCUGUGAUGAGCGUGUGCUGGGUGCUUUGCGUUGCAGUGGUGGACUGCGCGGUGACGGCGUGGGGCCCGUGGUCGGAGUGCGACGCGGACUGCGGCACCGGCAUGAUGCGGCGGUCGCGCUCCGUGCAGCGCCAGCCCGAGAACGGCGGCAAGCACUGCCCCUCGCUGCUGCAGAAGCGCGGCUGCCAGGGCACGCGCUGCCCGCACAGCAACAAGUCCGCGCUCAAGGAGACGGCGAUGCUGCUGCCCGCCAAGCUGGGUAACAGCCGGCGAGCCAACGAGACGACCGACAUCCGGCGGAACCUGCGGCUCCGCUACCCCAAGCAGCCGCACGAGAACAACGAGUACUGCGUGCAGUUUGAAGUUCUGAAGGCUUCCAAGGCAUGCCGCAAGGAGACCAGCUACUCGUCUCUGAGAGAAGGAGAACGCGUGUGCGUCCGCUGCGAGUCGCAGGCGCUGCGUCCGGCGCUGGGCUACCGGUGCGCGGGGCCAGGCGUGGCGGACCGCGGCACGCGCUGGACAGCCCUGUCAGCACCGCACUGCCACGGCAAGUGGCUGCGCCUCUCGCACCACGACGACCAGCCGAGCUGCCCAGCGUGCGCCAAUGGCGCCUCCUUCAUCUUCGUCUGAGCGGCGCUGCUGCGGACCGCUCGCCACCCGAACACACAAAACAAAAACACAGAAACACACAACACACACAGACACUCACACCCACACACGUGCGCACACACAUUCCCAUUCCCAUUCCCAACAACGCGCGACGACGAGUCACACACGAUUUCAGCGCGCUGCGUGCCAGCGAAGUUCCGGCGCUCGGUUGCAGUGUCGUCAUUCAGGGGUGUCCACAAAUGAGGGCCUGAUGCAAUAUUCGGCGCCGAAAUUUCGCAGAUGGCCAAAUAUACAUUUAUUGCACUUUUCAUUAUUUUGUGUUCGUUACCAAUUUUGAAAGGAGGGGAAAAAAAAAGAAAAACAAGAAAGGAAACAGAGGAGACCCUGCACGCCAGUUACUAUAAUUUAAUCUGUAAACCGUGACUCGCAAUUAGAGACGGCCACACAGAAAUAUGUGGUGUACUAUUAGCAACGAAUCAUAGUAGACAGUACGAGAAUCUUGUUGUUUCAGUGAUUCUGUUGAUACAAAAAUAAAACGACCAAAUGUAUAGCGUAUGGGUUGUUCCACAGUACCUAUUACAUACUUCUAGAGAUAGCACCGGAAACGCCAUAGAUAAAUGUUACAUGCCAUGUUUCGGGAAGGGACGUUUCCGUGGUUCAGAGAUAAUUGAACUGUCACUGUUUCGCUUAACCGGAUUCGGUCAAGCAUCUUCAGACUUUGUGUAUCACAGGCGGUAUUGGCGAACAAAGUAAACGCUAUAUCCAUUAUCGAACUCAAACACACAUCACAAGUGCUUAAUGGUUGUAAUAUUGUUCUGUGACUGCGCCUCAAAUAAAAAAAGAGUAUGUAUCGAAUUGACUUCUACACUUUCGAAAUCAGAUUCAUUCACUGUCUCAUUUAUACAGUCCUGUGAUAACACUUGGAAGUGUAAAUGCUCGGUAUUACUCGACGCAGCACCUUCCUCGCGCACCUAUAUGAUUAUGGGAUAACAGAAAUAGCCUAGUCUUCAUAAAGAGCUUUAAUUUUCUUGCAAGGUUUUUAAUCAGGGGAUUUGUGACGAUUACAGUGAAGUGAUUCUGCUGCAAUUGUUGACAUAAACAGUUCUACCUUUGCUGUUACACGUUACAGGAUAAGCAGUUGUAGGACUCUAUACAGAUUUGCUCAUUUUCCUACAGGGAGCUGUUUCUCAUUAUAAAUUAGCAACAAGGGCUAUAGAACUCGCAUUCUUAAAGAGCAAUAAUGUUUACAAGAAUAGACGAAUUUCCCAGCUGAAGAUGAGACUUUAUAGAGCAGAGUAGUUUCAUAAAGUAAUUUACAAACCAAUAACUGUUUAAAAUGCUCGAUUUUACAAUUGGCGGAAACUUAUUCUGAAUGUGUUACUCUGUCGCUGUCUUAAAUUUGUUUUGAACAGGACAUGAUGAUAAAUGGAUCAUGCCAAAUCACUAAGAAUAUCCUCUAUUUCACCAGUGAUUCUGGUAUAUGAAAUUUCUUCUAUAAAUUAGACUAGUGAUUCAGAUUUUGUUUUUUAGAUAUGAGAAAAUCUCUAGAAAGUUUUGUCAGAGUAUUUACAUGAUUUGUUAACUUCUAACACAAGGAGAAGUCUGCUUAACACAUCACAUUUAUUGCUGCUGUUACACUACCAAGAACGAACAAUCAUAGUGUUCUAACAGCAUUUACUUCACAAUUUGUACAAAAGUGAUUUUCUGAGACAAGCCAAGCAGUAAAUUAUCAAUAAUGAAUAGCUGCAGUACAUGAUUUGAUUAUAGAAGUACUGCUCCAGUUUUCUUCUAAAGGCACACACAUUUUAGUUUGGCUCGUUGAAGAACUCAGUUGGAUAGCCCAACGUCUAGAAACCCUUUACACUGAAAUUUUGGUGUGACAUUAGGCCACUCACAGAGCAGGUUUUAUUAGUGAAUUAAACAUGAAAAUAAUGAGGCAAAAAAAAGCUAGAACAAUUGUAUAAUCAUUCUUUCCAGUGCAGGGUCUCUCAUAACUGAAUUUCUGUAACUAUAAGAAAAUAAGUUAGUAUUGAAUAUAUAUAUGCAUUAAGUGCAGUUUUCUGAACUCAUAAUUUAUGAAAUACACAGAACUAUGCUUUAGAUGUAGAUCCAAUAAUAAUACUUAAAAUAUUUCUUUAUUAAGGUUUACACAGGAUAAGUCAAACAAUGAUAUGAAAUAUGUUGAAUAGUGAAAUACUAAUGUUGUAACAUUAUUAAUGCAAUCACAGUUUGUUGAAUAAUGAAGAUUGUACUUUUGAAUGAUGUAAUUUGUAAUCCAAACACAGCUAUUUUGUUACGUUUUUACUUUAGAUGAUAAACAAAAGAAAUAGAUUGAAAUAUUUGAAUAGAAUGUUUACUAUAUGCCAGAUUAUUUGGGUAGUUAUGAAAUGCAGAAGGAAAUUUGAGGUGUACAAGGAAUGACAUAUUUUAAUUUGUUAGUAUUCUGUUUAAUUUCUCAGUUUUUCAGCUGUCCAAUAGCCUCAUAUUCAAUAUCACAUUCAGCACACUGUUUCUUUGAAAUGUGAUUCUGUAUCUCUUAGCAAGUCCAAAUUUUAUUGGCACUCUCCAGAUACCACUAUCUCCAAAUCAUACAAUGCUUUCUUAACUGAGAUUAUUAAUCUUUACUGGUAUCUGACAAAAUAUGAGGUGUUCUUAACAGAAACAUGUUAGUGCAAAACUGAGAUUGUUUUCCAUCAUGUCAUCAUUAGGUGAUACACUAUGAAACUCCAUUAAUGGACCCCCUGAAUGAGAAUUAUGAUUGUGUAAUAUGUACUGAUGUAUAGUAUGUAAUGACAUCUUGUUCUUAUCUUUUUCUUAACAAACACCAUGUAGAGGUAUUCAUCCAGAAAAAGUGUUGCAGGUGUAAUCCAGAGUAAUACGAUUUCUUAACUACAUUCUCAAUCAGCCACAAUAACAGUUUUUCUGUCCUAUGUUCAUAUAUAUAUUUAGGAAUGGGAUUGUGGGAGAACAUUCAUUAAUGCAGAAAAUGACUGGGUGAAUGAAUAUAUAUGAACAUAAAGAGUAUUAAUCAUAAUUGCAUCUAAUUUUGUAGCCCAUAAUGACAUACUUUUAGUGUUGCACAUAACUUAUAUUUCUUUAUUACUGGUUCUAUUACCUGUAUUACUUACAAACAUCUUAAUUUGUGUGAUUAUGCAGUUCAUUGCUUGAUUGAUUAAUUCAUGUAAUCUGCAGUUUAUUGUGUAAUUCAUGUUUAUUAGCUGGGUCCUGUUUAAGUAACUUUUAAUUAAGUAUUCAUUAUUAAACACACACUACUGUCUUUCCUAGCAGUACAUUCAUUGUGACUUGAAGUGGAUAAGAGCUUCACACUCACAGAAGUAAAGACUUUAAAGUAACUUGAAGUAAGAUUCAAUUAGAGAUGUUCUUUUCAGAACGUUCGUUCUGUUGGUAAACUACUAUAGAGAACUGAAUGAAGUGUGAACGUUUUUGAGUGUCUGGGACAUUGUCAUUGUUGUUUGGUUGAAUUAAGAAGGACUAAUAAGUAUACUAUAACAAUAAUGUUAAUGAUAAUAAUGUUUAAUAUUUGGUAUAUAUAUUUUUAGAAAUUGUUUCAUUGAUAAUUUUCAGUGAACUGGAAACAAUUCACCAUCACAAUAUUUUAUGAAUAGUACUUUAUCUUCAUUUUGCAGAUAGGAGCUGAUUAAAAUUUUCGUGAAACAGUAAUUUUAAAUGCAUCUCUGAAGAAGUCAUAGUGCACUUUUGUGCCAAUGGUUGCUUUGUUUUUAGAGCUAUUGUUCAAGAUAAAUAUUUGUAUAGCAUAUCAUUUUAUAAGGAAUGUCAUUUAGUAAUAUCAGCCAGAACACAUCCUAAAAGCAUAUCACAAAACUUUUUUAUUUCGUAUGAAUCAAAGGUCGAUGUAAUGAAAUAGGCAAUAAAUACAAUUAAACUGAGAUAACUCUGUU